AUGGACCGCCUAAGGAAAGUCAGGACACCAGUGAGAGCAUCAAUAACGAGAAUAGCCAAUGAAGUUGAUGCUGAACUGGCGAAGACCACACCCGGCCUGAUAGACCUCCAAGUUAUGUUCAGCCGCCUGGAGAAGCAUCUAACAGAAGUCGACGACCUUGAUCAGAAGAUGUUGGGAUUGCUAUUGGAUGCAGAUUGUACUGAAGAUGAAUACGCGGCGGAAAAGGAUACAAUUGAACAAUAUCAAAACCGGGCGACUAGAGCAAAAUGUCGCAUUGGAGAAGUUAUGACGCGUGUUCCUUCUACACAAGGCAGCCCAACCAGAAGCUACGCAUCAGUGUAUUCGGAUGGCCAAAAGAAGAAAUCCUACAAAUUGCCGAAGAUCCAAAUAAGAAAAUUUAAUGGAGAAAUCAAAGAAUGGCUAGGAUUUUGGUCUCAAUUUAAGAAAAUUCACGAGGAUGAGGAGCUACACGACAGUGAUAAACUUCAGUAUCUCGUGCAAUCUAUGGUCAAUGGAACUCGUGCUCAUGAUUUAGUGACGAAGUAUCCUCAGACAGCAGAAAACUACCCAAAAGCUGUGGCAGCUCUCCAGCAGCGGUUUGGGAAUACGAAGUUGUUGACUCAAUUCUACGUCAGAGAAUUAUUGAAGAUGACAUGGAACGCAAAGUCAAAAGAGAAGAUGUCGUUAUCAAAGUUAUACGACAGUCUGGAUUCGCAUUUGCAAGCUUUGGACUCAUUGGGUGUGACCAGAGAACACACUUUUUUGUUUCCGAUGGUGGAGUCUAGUUUACAAGAAGACAUCCUCCUGGCUUGGCAAAGAAGCAGUUUUUACCGAAGAGACGGUGCAGCAGAGAAUCCACCGAAAUCAGAACUCGAUUACCUUAUGGAGUUUCUGCGGCAAGAGGUGGAGAAUGAAGAACAGAGAUCACUUGCACGAGAUGGCUUCAUGCAAGACACGAUCAAUUUGAAAGAAAAGAAGAACUUGCAUCUACAUCAAAAGAAGUUCAGUGGCGAGGAGGACAUCCCCACCUCGGCUGGAUUGACAGCAGCAAAAAUGCAAUGUAUUUUUUGCGACAUGACCAGCCACAAUAGUCAAGAUUGUAGACGAGCAAGAAACAUGACGAUUGAUGUGAAGAGAGAAAAGGUACGGGAGAAGAGGGUUUGCUACAUCUGUCUGAACCCCGGCCAUAUUUCUAAAACCUGCAGGGUCGCGGUGCAAUGCCAAAACUGCGGAAGAAAACAUCAAAGUAUUAUGUGUGAAGCGAGACGGGAUGAAGGUGACGUUAGGGGACAAGAUGUACGUCAACAAGUAAAUACAGUGACACAUCUCACCAAUUUCAGCCAGAAUGCAGAUGUGCUACUAAAGGUCGUGGUAGUUAGAGCCGUUGGACCUGUUGGUACAUCCGUUGUCCGUCUUCUCAUCGAUGAAGGAAGUCAAAUGAGCUAUAUUGGAUCAAGAACCAUUCAAGCCAUUGGAAACAAGUCGAUCGGAGUUGAAUACGUCCGAAAUUUACUUCUUGGUGGAUUUGUAACAGAUAUGCACGCCGAGAAGAUUCAUGAAGUCAAGAUUGAAAGCCUGGAUGGGAAAAGAAAGAAGAAGUGGACGUUGAGAGAGAAACCAAUCAUCUGCACGUCCAUUCCGAGAGUUCCUAAGGGCCCAUGGACAGAUCGCCUCAGAAAUAGCAAGAUAUUUCUGUCGGAUUGUCAAAACAGCCACGUAGAUGAAGCCGACAUAGAAAUUCUCGUCGGAUCUGACCUGCGAGCAGAAUUGUGCACAGGGAAGAAAGUAGAGUUGGGAGCAAACCUGAUUGCUGAAGAGACGAUAUUUGGAUGGGUGUUGAGUGGUCCAAUUCCUGCCCCCAAGAAUUUGGCAUCAAACCUAACAAUUGCGCUCUAA